AUGCUGUGGUUCCCGGUGAAGAAGAUCCGGAAGCAGUUCAAGCUGCUGCUGCUCCUGGUGCUCCUCACCUUCGCCGUGUGGUUCACCUACCUGCACAUCAGCCUGGUGCGCCAAGGCAAGGCGCUGCGCCUGCACUUCGCCUACGGCAGAGAUGGUGAGCGACUGGGCGAGGUGACAGACCCUGGCAGGCAUGCGGCGGGGGCCCAUGCAUCCUCUCCUCAGAGGAAGGCUGAGGACUCCAGCGAGAGCCGGGAGGACGAGCAGAUGACUGAAGAGCAAGGGGUUGAUGGCUGGUUUUCAAAAAGACGUGGCCUUGACAGAGCUGGAAGACCCCCAAAGCCAAACGUAACCAGACAUGUUCUGCCCUGGAGCGAGCAGUACAAAGGGAAAGCAAACCUGCAUGUAUUUGAAGACUGGUGUGGAGGAGCUGUUGGGCACCUAAGGAAGAACCUGCAUUUCCCCCUCUAUCCGCAUACCCGCACAACAGUGAAAAAGUUGGCUGUGUCACCCAAAUGGAAGAAUUAUGGCCUCCGUAUAUUUGGGUACAUCCAUCCCUUCAAAGACGGGGACUUCCAGUUUUCUGUAGCUUCAGAUGACAACUCUGAAUUUUGGCUCAGUCCUGACGAGACUCCAGCCAAUGCCCGUCUGGUGGCAUUUGUGGGCAAGCUGGGCUCUGAGUGGACUGCCCCAGGAGAGUUCACAAAAUUCAGCUCACAAGUUUCCAAGCCAAUCCGUCUCCUUUCCUCUAGGCGCUAUUACUUCGAGCUCCUCCACAAGCAGGACGACCGUGGCUCAGACCAUGUGGAAGUUGGUUGGCGCGUUUUUCUGCCCAGCUUCAAGUUUGAGGUCAUCGAUUCACCCUACAUUUCACUCUAUACAGAUGAAUCCAGCCUGAAAAUGAAUGAGGUGGGGCAUGUGCCUCAGUCCCUCGCCAGCCACUCCGGCAGCUACCUCUGGGGUGCGCAGAGAGAUGAGCAUGGAGCAGAUAUGCUGAAGCCUGACCCUCGGGACACUUUCUUCCUCACUCCCCAGAUCGAGCCGUCCCACGUGGAGAAUGUGCUGGUGCCCUGUGCUUACAGCCCCACGUACGUGGUGAAGGAUUUCCCUAUUGCCCGCUAUCAGGGCCUGCAGUUUGUCUACCUCUCAUUUGUUUACCCCAAUGAUUUCACCCGGCUUACGCACAUGGAGACGGAGAACAAAUGCUUCUACAGGGAGUCUCCGCUCUACUUGGAAAAAUUUGGCUUUUACAAAUACAUGAAGAUGGACGAAGAGGAAGAGGAGGAGGAGGAAGAUCCACACCAGAGAGCCUUUCUCUUCCUGAAUCCUGAGAAUUUUCUUGAAGAGGAGGAAGAAGGAGCCGACAGUCCUGAGCCCACUGACCCACUCCCUGAGGACAAGAGCCCGGGUGUUCUGGAUCCAAAUGUGUUCACAGGGCUUCAGAGGAAAGAGAGGCCCCUUGUCACAAAGGAUUAUGGGAAUGAUGUGGACUACUAUGCCUUCAACCAGAAGCAAAAGAGGUUUAAUGAAGAGGGGACCCUGACCGGGCAGCCUGUUUCCACAGGUACAAACACUGGACCGAGCCAGAGUCCUGUGACUCCGUCAAAGGCACCCCAGGCCUACAGGAAGGCAUCCCCUUUUGGGGAGCAGGUGGUUCUCUAUGGCCGGUCCCUCAGCUGGGCACAGAAUGAGGAGGACGAAGAGGCUGGAAGGAAGGAGGGCGGGCUGGGGCUGCUGUUGCCACCUAAGCGAGGCAGCUCCCUCGGCCUCCAGCCUCGCCUCUCUGUGCCUUUCUUUGCUGGGAAGGCCAAACAGCAGAGCCCGAAGGAGGAGGGGCAGCCCAAGAAAGAGACCAAGAAGCCCCCAGACAAGGUGUACGUGACGCGGCUGCAGCCCAGCAAGAAGAAGGCCCCGUCCCAAAAGGAGGCUUUCCCCGGAGUCUUUCUCUACCCCAAACUGCCCAGGAAGGUGCACUUGAACUCCAGGCUCCCUCAGCGGCGGCCUGCCCCCUCCAGCAAGCUGCACACCAUCCCUGGCCAUAGGACCCCUUGGCUCACUGGCAAUGCCUCCAAAGAAAAAGACCCUUCUAAAAGGAAAAGCCAGCAGGCCAGCAGGAAAUGGGAGCAGCUGUAUGACCAAGAGGCCCCCAAGGCCCGAAGGAAGCAGAGGGUGCGGCCCAGUGCCUUGAGCCUGCCUGCAGAAGGGCUCUUCAGCCAAGAAACCUUUGAGGUCACCACUGCGGCGAGGACCACCCUGGAUUACAAUUCCUCUGAGGUGGUGCUGCCUGAAGGCGUGCGAGUGACGUCCUUCCUGCGGAUGUCUGAGAUGACAGAGUCCCAGCAGGAGGAGGGCCCAGAGAAGGCCCUGGGGGAGGAGGCCGAGGAGGAGCUGUCCGAUUACAGCUACGAGAACUCUGAGCUGCAGCAGAGCUGGCUGGAGGACUCCAUUAACUGGCAGAGGACGUUCAGCGUCAGCCCUGUGGAUUUUGAGCUGCUGCGUUCGGACUGGAACGACCUCCGGUGCAACGUCUCGGGAAACCUGCAGCUGAGCGAGAGCGAGGUGGUGGACGUGGUGGCUCAGUAUAUGGAGAAGCUCAACGAGAAGAAUGGCGGCAUCUACACCCUCUUGAGGAUCAUCAAUGUGGAGAAGAGGCGAGACACGGCCCGGGGCAACCGAUACCUGAUGGAGCUGGAGCUGAUGGAGAGAGGCCAGAGGACUGUGCGGCUCUCAGAGUACAUCUAUGUCCUGCUGCACCAGGGAAAAUCAGAGGACAGCACUGAAGUGAACCCCGAGGGGCCUGCAACAGUGUCCACUGAAUCUCAGCCAUCACCUAGUGCCUGGAGCCUGCUCUAUGGGAAGCCCAUCCUGUGCCGACCUCUGCGGCUUAGCUGGAGGCACAAUGUUAUGGUGCAUUUUGUGGUGCCAGUGAAAAACCAAGCACGCUGGGUACAGCAGUUCAUCUCAGACAUGUCUAACCUAUACUUGAACACCAAGGAUGCCAACUUCAACGUUAUCCUGGUAGACUUUGAUAGUGACGACAUGGAUGUGGAGAAGGCACUUCAGGAAGCUCACCUGCCCAGAUACCAAUACUUGAAGCGCACAGGAAACUUUGAGCGCUCAGCAGGACUACAGGCUGGGGUGGACGCCAUAGAGGAUGGCAGCAGUAUUGUGUUCCUGUGCGACCUGCACAUCCACUUCCCCCUCAACAUUCUCGACAGCAUCCGGAAGCACUGUGUGGAGGGAAAGCUGGCUUAUGCGCCCAUUGUCAUGCGGCUGGGCUGCGGGAGCUCUCCGCAAGAGCCGAAUGGCUACUGGGAGGUGAAUGGCUUUGGCCUCUUUGGGAUCUACAAAUCUGACUUUGACCGUAUUGGUGGGAUGAACACAGAAGAGUUCCGGGACCGCUGGGGUGGAGAGGACUGGGAGCUGUUGGACAGGGUGCUUCAGAGUGGGCUGGAGGUGGAACGUUUGCGACUCAGGAACUUUUACCAUUACUACCAUUCCAAACGUGGCAUGUGGAAUUCACGCAGCAAGAAGACACCCAAAGACUAAACACCAGCCCUGCCCUCAGCUGAUCCCCACUCCUGGUCCUCUUCGGGAGGUGAAGAGGAAGCAGCAGCUGCCAUCUUGGCUUUGCUACCUGUGACUCGGCACACCUUCCACACUGCUGCAGGUGCCCUUCUGGAUGCAGCAUCAGUCAGAGGCCCUGCGCAAGGGCUCUCAGGAGUCGAGGGUUUCUACUGAACUAUUUAAAGCAAACCAUGUUUACUUUGGGAUUUUUUUGUGACUUUUCUUAAGGGAUCUAAUUUCUUAGUCAGAAAUUGCAUUUAUUAACUCAGUAGUACUGAAAGGUCGGGAUUCCUGCUGAAAGGGAGAAUGGGAUGUGCCUUCCAGUAUUACUACAGCCAGGAAGGAAGGUGCUGGGACCGCUACACAAAGCUCAUGCAGCUGCCAGGGGAGGAUCACUCUUGUUACUUGGCUCAUAGUUUUGGCACCUGAAAGCAAAGGAGGAAUCUUCAGUGUGACAAGUGCUGUUCACUCCUGAGGUGACUGGGCCUCAACUUUAUAUCAUGGUCAAAGUGGGCCCUCAGGAGAGUUCAAUGUCCUAAGAGGAUUUUUGAGGGAAAGGCUCAUGUCAGGUUUGGGAGGGGGGGAAGUGUUUCAGUCUUUCUAAGUGAAUUUUGGGUUUUUGGCCCAUCUGCAUAUGUUCUGGAUCUGUCUUAGGUAGAGGCAGCCCCAAAUCUAGCCCCCUGUGAUCUUCCUACACAUACCUGCUGCUUCUGUGACUGAUGAAGAUCAUGCUAGGAUGGAGAUUGGGGGAAAGAGUUUCAAGAGAGAGAGAGGGUACGAUCAUGAGAGUGCCCUUCACUACUCUCAGAGUCACUUCAGAUGCAAUAAUCUUGCUAAGGGGUCUGGGGGUAUAGGCACCUCGUGCUUCCUGUUCUUCCACAUCUCAGUCUUAUCAGAAAGAGAACUUGCACAUCUCCCCUGCACUAGAGCUGCAGAGACUCCCAUAUUCCAGAUAGGAACAGUACAGUUCUCUUUCACACUUCAAUGAAAUGGCAAAGGAACAGAAAAGUAUUGAGGCCUUCCACUUUCUUUUCCCAUCACAACACAUUCACAUCAGAAAUGGCUUGCACCCUUCUCAUUCUUCCCUUUCAUCCUUCAUCUGUUGUUUGAAUGUACAAGGAAAGUAUUGAGUAGCUCUCUGUGCCAUCUGAAGUGGCCACAGAGAGAGUAGGUGGGUUUCUGUAUAACCAUCAGCAUUGGAGCUGCCAGGAAUUAAGGAGAAACCCUGGGAACUCAUGAGUGCUGAGCUGCUCAGUGAGCUUAAGCUUCCAGUUACUGCCCACUCUUCUCCAGUCACCCAACCAAGCUGAUGAAAGAAAGCUGGGUACCAUCCUCAUGCUAUGAGGUGUGAAUACCCACCACCAUAAAAACCCUCAUUUUGGGGAGGGGAUUGGAUAGCUAGGAAAAUCAGGAUGGGCUGAAAGAGUGGACUGGAGGACCAUGUUUUCCUCUAAUCAACAUUACUUCCAGAGGAACCCCUCUCCUUUUCCACACACAGUUGGAGAAGUAGGUGAGGUUUCACUAUCCUCAGGUUCAUCUUCACAGGCUGCUGUGGUAGGGGUAACAGAAAGGGAUGGUGCAGGAAUCAAAGGAGGGGAGGGCACAACAAUAUUUCCAAGCUAAUUUCUGUGAAAUUAUGAGGUAGAAAGCUGUUUUCAGAAAGUUAUGUCUGGUUUUGUUUUAUUUUGUUAUUUUUAUUGAUAUUGUUAUUAAAAAUAAAGUAAAUGUCUUGGUUCUGAUUA